AGUUUAAAGAGAUUUGGCAAACAUGUAUAUUUUGUCUAUUUUUGUGGGGAAAAUGGCGGUAUUCUAACUUUCGGUAGUCUCGCGUACAAGUGUUUGCUUUUUCGUUGGUUAUAUUCGACAACCACGUGUUCAUGUACUUUCGAAAAUUUAAUUUAUUGAACUGAAUUUUUCUGUAAAUAAAAGUGAUAUGAGUCUGUAGUAAUAGCGAAAUCGACAUGAUUUAAUUCAGAGCAUAUAAAUUAUAUUAAGAAGAUAAAACAAGUGAUAGUUGUGGUAGAAAAUUAAAAAAGAUGAAUAGGGGAAGAGGAUCGUAUUAUAACGAAAACAAUGGAACCAGUACUUAUCCUCUACAAGGUGAAGAUAUUCAUCUCAACGAAAAAGCUCGCUUACAACAACCGGUGAAGCUACAACCCGCCUGGGAAGAAAAUAAUUUACCGGAGGAUGAAUUGAAUUUUAAAAAUUUGACAAUGGAAGCACCAGUAGAUAAAUUCAAUUUAAUUUUUGUAACAUUUUUAAUACACGGUAUUGGUAUUUUGAUGCCUUGGAAUAUGUUCAUUAAUGCAAUUGAGUAUUUCACCAAUUACAAAUUAUCGCGGGAGUAUGUUGGUAUGGAUUUUCCUUACGUGCCCACGUUUAUGCAAUACAUGACGUUUUGCGCCCAAGUACCAGCAGUAGUAUUAAAUUGGACAAAUAUUUUCGUACAAAUGGGUGGCAAUCUUACGACGAGAAUAGUAUGGAGUAUUGGAAUUUCGAUUUUAGUCUUUAUUAUAACAGUAAUUUUGGCCAUGGCCGAUACAAGUGGCGUCCCUUACCUAUUUUUUUGGUUAACCUUGAUUUUGGUUGUAAUAUUAAACAGUGCUAAUGGUGUGUAUCAGAAUACCAUUUACGGUAUGGCAGCGAAAUUGCCUGGUAAAUAUACAGGAGCUGUGAUAUUAGGAAAUAACAUUAGUGGAACUUUCACGGCGGCAGUUAGUCUCUUAUCUAAAAUUAGUACACCAAAUUUAAAAAUGGCUGCCAUUUAUUAUUUCAUAUCGGCUUUAUUUGUUCUUUUAAUAUGUUUCGAUACAUACUUUGCUUUACCUUUGAACAGGUACUACAGAUUCUACGACCUGAAACAUCAAAAAGAGAAAACACAGGCAGCAAUAUCAGCGGGUGGAUCUGAAAAACCACCAUAUUUGAAAAUAUUCAAACAAGCUUUUCCACAAUUAGCUAAUGUGUUCUUGGUGUUUUUCAUAACUCUAGCUGUAUUUCCUGCUGUGCAAUCUGGUAUUGAACAGAGUGAUCCAAAUUUCUUCAUUGAUAAAAGUGUGUAUGUUGAUGUCAUGUGUUUUAUGACGUUUAAUGUAUUCGCUAUGAUAGGCAGUCUACUUCCAUCGUAUUUCAUAUGGCCUAGUGCAAAAUAUUUAUGGAUACCCAUAACCGCCAGAUUUUUGUUCAUCCCCUUAUUUUUGUUCUGCAACUACCAAGUAAAGGGGAUAACAAGAGUAUUUCCUCUUCUAAUAUUAAACGACUAUGUUUAUUUCAUCAUUGCCGCUCUAAUGGCGUUAUCCAGCGGCUACCUCAGUUCUUUAGCUAUGAUGUACGCUCCUAGGACUGUAGAAGAGCGAUACGCUCCAACAGCGGGUAUGUUUGCCGCUGCAGCGUUGAUCACCGGCAUAUUCAGCGGUAUCUUGUUAGCUUUCAUUUGGCCUUGGGUGAUAGGCCACAUUGGUGCCUAGCAAAAAUGUCUGGUAUAUGACACAGAAAAGGAAUUCGCCAUCAGAUUUAGUUUAUGAGAACAAUUUCUGGUCAUAUGCCCUGAAAUAUUGUUUUUGUGGUUUUAGGAAGUAAACAUCGGGUUAAGCAAAAAAUACCGAGUAAGGUCACGACCAGAUAUAAAAAAAUUGUAUAGUGUACGUUUUUGUUUAAUUGGUAGGGAUUAAUUUUCGAUAAAAUUGGUUUUAAUUCUCGGUAGUUUUUGUAGAUUCCGAUUAAAAUAAUCGUAGAUCUUCCAUAGAACGUAGACCAAAAAAAAUAUUAAACCUUACCAGUUGUAAUUAAUUGUUUAUAGUCUUUUUUAUUACGUUUUAUAUAUUUAAAGACAGGGAGAUUCACUAUCCACUUUUGAUUUGGUAUUUUAAUUAAUAAGUCACAUGUACAGGGCUAUUAAAUUUCGACCAUCCCUUAUUUAUUUACUAAUACUAUAGUAUAUUCUACUCAACCUAUUCAUAUUUUUAAUAACAAUAGUUGUUAUAUUGUCCUAUAAAAUGGAAAAAAAGAAAAUUUUUUUUUGGGGGGUUUUGGAUAGAUUGGUUCAGCAAAAAUGUUUUUUUGGUUUCUUGUAACUUACAAUUAUGCAUUUAGUUCAGAGUUUUAACAAAGUAUGAGCAUUAUUUAGUCAUUGAAUGCUUUUCCCGUCCCCUACUACUUUUUAUAAUUUUGCAUAAAUUUCCUACUGUAGCCCAGUUGGGUCCAAAAUAAUCUAUAAUUACCUAAAAUUCGUACAACAUAUACAAGUAAAAAAUGAAAAUUUAAAUUUUGUUAUUUUGAACAGGUUCCAAAUAUAUAAGAAAAUUUUUGUUGGUUCAUUUAGUUAAUUUGGAUGCUUAUUUCUUUCCAGAGCAGUUUUUUACAAUCACAUAGAAACCGUUAGAGAUCGAUAAAUGAAACUAUAAUAAUUCAUUUUUUGAUGGUUUCGAGCAUUUCACAAUUAAAUAAAAAAUUAUUAAUGAUCAAUUACUUUCAAUAUUAAAAUUUCUUUUUCGGUGAUAAUUUAGACAGAACAUGUUCAUUUUUGAAUACUCAUUUCAAUUUUGCAUAAAUUUUUGAUUAUAUUAUCAAGUUUAACUCAUUUUAUGAUUAAAAAAAAACAAUAAAAAUCUAUUUUUUUAUUGUAUUGAACAAACUUCAAGUUAAUAGAAACAUUUCGUCGGUUCAUCAAGUCAAUUUGAAUGCUUAUUGGUACAGUUUUUGGACAAAAAAUUAUUUCCGAUUAUAGAAUCCAAUUUAGCUCAAAAUUAAGAUUUUUAAUUUAAUUCAGUACAAACCGCUGUAGGAAUAAAGGAAUCUUGAAUCUUGCUUGUCAAGUUUGUUUUAAUCAUACUGUACUGUAAAGUCGACUACAGUACCAAUUUGAGUUCGGAAAAUGGCACUUUACGGCAUCCUUCUACUUUACCGUACUCUGUAAUUCUUCUAAUCCCGUUUGAAAUAAUUAGAAAUAGAAAAUCAGUAACAUUAUCAAAUAGGACAUUUCAUAUUUUGAUAUAAUUUUGCUUUUUAUUUAAAACCGAAAACAGUAUGUAAAAAAAAACAUAUUACGAUAUACGUCCGUAAAAUUUACGGUACUCGGCUCCUUCCUCGCUUCGUUCAUAAAAAUCUAUCUCGUACCGUACUAAAACACUUCCCGGACUUAUAACAUAAAUAAGUAUUUCAAAUUCUUAAUGGCUGCAAUAACAUCUAACAGACAAUCUCUUUAUAUUUGUGCAGCCAAGUUUAAAUUGUGUAAAAAUAAUUCUAGUUGAAAUAUAUUUAAAAUAAAUAACCUUUUUAAAAAUUCCGGAACAAAAAACCUGAAUCCGGGACUAAUAUUACUUCUAGAUGAAAUACGGGAUUGUUCCGGCCAAUCCGGAACGUAUUUAUCCGGUCACCUUAUUUAUAUGCAUUUUCAUUAUUUCGAAUAAUAAAAUUUAAUUUAUUCGACUUUAAUACAUUUUUUUUCUAAUUUAUGUACAGAUUCUGCGCAAGACUGAGUAUUUAAUUUUCGUUUUCAUGCUUUGUUUUUGUUUUUAGAAUGUGAAUAAAGUAGAUUUUGUAUCGCUUUCGUUUGA